AUGCUCGCCGCUCCUGGUCGCGCGGCUCUGGUCCGCGCCCGGGCGCAGAGCUCGCAUCUCGUAUCCGCGCAUCAAACUGUUACAUCUUCGGUCUCGAUCGCCAGCCGACACCUGGCCACCGAGGCAGCCGCGACGACUUCCUCCAGUGGCAGAAAGAAGGGCCCCACGGCUGUCCUUCUCAUGAACAUGGGUGGCCCCUCGACGUCGACAAAGGAAGAGGUCGGUGACUUUCUCUCUCGCCUGUUUCACGACCGCGAGCUGAUCCAGCUGCCGUUCCAGUCUCGGUUGGCGCCUCUCAUCGCCCGACGGAGGACGCCCAAGAUCGUGGACCAGUAUGACAAGAUCGGAGGUGGCUCCCCCAUCCUGAGGUGGACCAACACCCAGGGCAAGGCCAUGACCGACCUGCUCGAUCAGCUCCACCCCGAGACCGCGCCGCACAAGCACUACGUCGCCUUCCGCUACGCGAGGCCCUUGACUGAAGAGGCCCUCGAUCAGAUGGCAGAGGAUGGUGUCACACGGGCCGUGGGCUUCACCCAGUACCCGCAGUACAGCUGCAGCACCACCGGAAGCAACCUCAACGAGCUGUACCGCGAGAUCCAAAGGCGCAAGGCCCGCGGUGCGCCCGAAGGCGACAUCCAGUGGUCGUUGAUCGACCGGUGGCCCACUCAUCCGCUCCUCAUCGAGGCUUUCACCAACCGCGUCAAGGCAGCGCUGGACGAGUACCCCGAGGAGAUCCGCGCCAAGGUCCCUAUCAUGUUUAGCGCCCACUCCCUGCCGAUGCAGAUUGUCUCGGACCGCGGGGACCCUUACCCUGCCGAGGUGGCGGCCACGGUGCACGGCGUCAUGGACAAGCUGGGCUGGAGCAACCCGUACCGCGUCACCUGGCAGAGCCAGGUGGGGCCGGCCGCCUGGCUUGGUCCGCAGACCAGCGACACGGUCAAGGGCUGGGCAAAGCAGGGUCACAAGGAUGCCGUCGUCGUGCCGAUUGCCUUUACCAGCGACCACAUCGAGACGCUGUUUGAGCUGGACCAGGAACUGCACGAAGAGGCCGAAGAGCAUGGUCUGAGGCUCAAGCGAGCCGAGUCGCUCAACGACGAGCCCACCUUUAUCCGAGCCAUGGCCGAGGCGGUGACGUCGCAUCUCUCCGCGCUCGAGGGCACGGGUCGCAAGAUCGAGGGCGACAAGCCGGGAGCUUCGGUGUGGAACCAGGGCUACACGAGCAAGCAGAUGCUGCUGCGCUGCCCGGGCUGCGUCAACCCGGUAUGCCAGGAGCAAAAGAGCUUCUUCGGCCGUGUGUCGCCUUGA